GAGGUGAGGGCGGCCGCGGUGCAGGCUGGGGGUGAGGGCGGCGGACAUGGGCAACAGCGCUCUGAAAGCUCAUCUGGAAACAGCGCAGAAAACGGGGGUCUUUCAGCUCACCGGCAAAGCUCUGAGUGAGUUCCCAGAGGAUGUGGCGCGGUUGGCGGCCAGUCUGAGGACCAUGGACUUGUCCAACAACAAGCUCCACAUGUUACCACCCGUCAUCGGCAGUUUCACCGCACUCAAGAGUCUGGCUCUCAACAGCAAUAAACUGGUGUCUCUCCCCGAGGAGCUGGGGCGGCUGCAGAAGCUGGAGACUCUCCAGGUUAACAGCAACAGUCUGCGGGAGCUGCCAGCGGCCUUGGGGGAUCUGUCAGCACUGCGGAGCCUGGGGCUGUCCGGGAACCGUAUCAGUGACUUUCCGCUGCAGCUGUGCCGACUGCGGCACCUGGCCGUGGUCGACCUGUCCCGCAAUCAGAUCCGCCGCAUUCCUGACGAGGUGGGGCAGCUCCAGGCCAUCGAACUCAACCUCAACCAGAACCAGAUCUCUCAAGUGUCGGCACAGAUCUGCCAGAGUGAACGGCUGAAGGUGCUGAGGCUGGAGGAGAACUGUAUGGAGCUGUCGAUGAUCCCAGUCAGCAUCCUCACCCAGUCCCACAUCUCCCUGCUCGCACUCGAGGGAAACCUGUUUGAGAUGAAGGCCCUACAGGAGCUGGAGGGUUACGAGCAGUACAUGGAGCGUUUCACAGCGACCAAGAAGAAGUUUGCCUGAGUGGGCGCAGCUACUGUCACUGGGAGGGGCACUUGGGAGAGGAGGAAGAGGGGCAAGAAGCCUGGAGGCUGAGCCCCACCCAUGGCUCCUGGGAGGAGAAGCAGCAGUUUUUAGCGCUUUAGUCUUGAGUUCAGGGCUGGAGCACUGAGGCUACUAUAGCCUGGGCUGCAGCUCUCAUCGUAGCCAUCUCUCUGCACUAUCCUUGUCUUCACUCUGUACAUACACUGUCCAGCAGCCGCUCUGGUCUAAUGGAAUUCUUUCACACCCGCCUCCCAUUCACAAUAUCCCCUGUACAGAGCUUCACAAGUUAACAAUGGGACAGGUUAGACAGAGCAAAAUUCUCUCUCCACUCCCAAGUCAGGGAUAGGCAUGGGUUACAGAUAAAGCAAAAAAAAAAUCAUUCAUUUACACUCCUGUGGGUGACACAGUAAAGCUCCCUCUACACUGUUGCACCCUGUUGGAAGGUGCCUGUAUAUUGGGGGGGGGGGGGGUAUGUGCAAACAUUCACUGUCUAGCUCACACAUUGAAUGGUUCCUGGGGUGAGGAGCUUGAGGUGGGGGUUGAAAUACACUAACUGAUAGAAUAAUUGUUUUGGGCACUGGACCCUAAUAUCCCCUGUACAGAGCUUCACAAGUUAACAACAGCACAGGUUACACAGAGCAAAAUUCUCUCUCGACUCCCAAGUCAGUGAUAGCACGGGUUAGAGACAAAGCAAAACAUCAUUCAUUCACACUCCCGUCAGUGACACAGUAAAGUUCCCUCUACAGCGUCUCACCCUGUUGGAAGGUGCCUGUGUAUGGGGGGCAUGUGCAGACAUUCGCUGUCUAGCUCACACAUCAAAUGGUUCCUGGGGUGAGGAGCUUUAGGUGGGGGGGGGAAGAGAUCAAAAUACACUAAUUGAUAGAAUAAUUGCUUUGGGCACUGGACUCAUCUCUCUCUCUCCCCAAGGUCUAGGACGGUAUGAUCACAUAUAAGCACUAUGGCAGAUGAUGACAACAGUGUUUUUUUAAAGCUUUUUAAUAUCUACUUUGCCCUGCCUGAGUUUGAUUUCCCUCAACUACGUGAUAAGGUGUUAUAUCAAAUGCAAGGAUUAUUAUUUGUCUAUAAUUAAAUAUUUCCCCUCGAGUUGUUAUAGUUUGUCCUGUUUGGAGUGAUGUGGCUGUGUGGGACAUCGGGAGAGAGAGCGACUCCCUUCAUAAUUUCCAACAGCAUCAUGGAACCGUUAACAUUCACCUGACAGACGCUGUGGCUGGGUUGAAUGCUGUGCGCAAUUGGCUGCUGCAUUUCACACACAAAACACAGUCAUUA